CCCCGCUGCGCGCGCAUGUCGUGGCGGCCGGCCGGCCGGGGGCUUGGUCAGUGCAUCGGGCGAGGUUGUGGAGCACAGUGCGAGAUGGCUGCUCAGGCUGUGGUGUGUGUAGCUGUCGUUCUGUUUGUCUGUGCUGUAAGCGGGUCGGCCGAUUCAAACGACGCGUGCUCCCAGCGUCAGUUCCAGUGCAGCAAUGGCCGCUGCAUUCCUCUGACGUGGAUGUGCGAGGGCGAGGACGACUGUGGAGACGGCAGUGACGAGAGUACGCCGGCGUGUCAAGGUAAGAACGCAUGAAGUCAGGUGACGGUGGU